GGCGGAGCAUGUUCCGAGUCACCCUUCAGUCCUCCGGCUGUCUGUCCUCUCAGGCUUCCAGGUGUAGUCGCUGCAGAACCAACCAUGGGCUUCCUGCUGUCCAAAUCCAUGGAUGCAAACCUGAAGAAGCAGCAGGAGUUCAUGCUCCACAACUCACGGCUGCAGAUGGAGCGUCAGAUCCUGAUGCAGAACCAGAUGAGAGAGAGGCAGAUGGCCAUGCAGAUCGCCUGGUCCAGAGAGUUUCUGAAAUACUACGGCACCUUCUUCACAGUGGCCGCGGUGGGACUGACUGCAGGCGCCAUUAAACGGAAGAAACCGGCCCUGUUGGCUCCCAUCGUUCCUCUCAGCUUUGUAGUUGUCUACCAGAUGGACAGUGCCUACGGGACGCUAAUCUAUCGUAUGAGAGGGGAGGCUGAGAAUAUCCUGGCGUCCGAGCGCGACCGCCUGGACAUGCCUGAGGGGAUUCCAACCUUCGACAGCAUAGAGAAGGCUCGUCGAGCUCGAAGCAGCCUCGCCUCCUUUUUGGAGAAAUAGUUGAGACAAACUCCGAACCGUCCAGUCGGUGCAUUCACCUGUGCUGCUUUCAUUUAAGUUUGGAAAAUCAAAUGCCAUCUGCCUUUUUUUUUUAUUUAAAGGAGUUCAUGGUUUGCACUACUUUCUGUAUCAUGAACCUGGAGGAGCAAUACGCAUCAAUGUAAUGGUGUUUUGUUUUUGUUUUUUUUUGUUAUGACAGAUGCGUUAGUAGCCAAGUAGUUCAUCAGCAUUUUUAAAGCACAGUACUGAAGCUAGUUCAUAAAACAUUUCCUAUGCAGUCGUAUAAUGAACCUGGGUACGUAGCAGUUAUCAAACAAAUUGCUUAUUGAUUGUGCUCUUAAUUAAAGGUGCUUUAAGUGAUUUUCAACCACUAGAGGGCAGAAGAGAGCUGAUGAAUGUCAGCCAGUCAGGGUCCUGAUGUGUCAGCAAGCAAAGCUACUGAAACGCCUGUGCCAAUAAACACAGACAGUUCUGUAUUAACUUGCCUUUUUAGCUCUUUUUCGAUCACGUUUACCCGCUACGAUGCUUCAUGUUGGAUUCCUGUAAAAUCAGCAAACAUAUUUCAAUACAAAAACGGCACCUAAUGGAACAUAAAUUGUCUGCAGAAAUUUGUCCUGACAGCUAUAGAUUGUUAUUAUUCCAAAUUGUUUUACUUGUCAUACUGAAUUAAAUGAUUUUAUUCAAACGCUAAAGAGCUUCCUGCCAAAGCAGCUGCAACCGUUGUGUUUACUACGGCGCUUGAACGGAUGUAAAAUAUUCCAAGGCUCUGAUAUUUAUGCCUUCUGUAUUUUAACUCGGACAAUUCGAAACUGUAUUUGUAAAUUCAAUUUAAAAAAAAUAUAAGAAUUUUCUUGUCUUAAA